CUGGGAUUGAGCCGCCAGACUUCGCGCGGCCUCUGCGCCCCCAGCUGCGUUUCUCGCUGCUCGCGGAAGGUUCAGGACGUUUGGGGGCAGCUGGCAGGCCUUCUGAUCUGGAAGUGUCCCCUUCCUAAGGGGCAGAGAAGGGGUCUUUUGGAUGGAUUACCUCACUCAUGCUGACCAGAUAAUUCCAGAUUGUGGCACCUUUAGAAACUGGGUUGAUCCAAAGACAGACAGAUGGCUGAAAGUGGUGGAAAAGAAAAGUUGAAAUGGACAACCACCAUUAUUAUUAGUUCAUCUCUUAAGAGUUACGAAGUUGCGACUGCCCUAGAAAAUCAAAGCCACAAGAUUCGGUAUUCAGAUUCAGUGGAAAAUGGAUCAAUUAUAUUUUCUCUUUCUGGAGUUGCAUUUUUAUUGAUGGAUGCUAAAGAAUGCUUUAUGUCCGCUGAAGAAAUAUUUCUAGCCAAAAUUGAGAAGUUUGUUAACAUUCACCAAAAUAGUUUUUUGGUUCUGUCUGCUGCCUUCCAUGGGCCUGAGGAAUGGAAACUGAUGUUUAGGAUUCAGCAGAGAUUCCUGGGUAGUAACUUACGGAUACUUCCAGUACACAACCCAGUAAAUGCUAUAAAUCUUAUUUGUACUAUAGCUAAGAUUACCUCCAAACCAAACAUAGACGGCAUCUGCUACAGAAUGAUAACAACUAAAGCUUACAUCAUUGAGCAAAGUCCUGUUUGGAAGACACUUCAAAAGAUAAAACUGAGUAGUGAUUCAUUUAACCCAACUUAGAGUACCAAUUAUAAAUGUUCUUUUGGAAAAAUAUAUAAGUUAGACUGGUUUAUAUAAUGUUCGAAUAUUUAUUUACUUAAAAGAUUUUUAAAAAUUUAAAAUAAAAUAUAUACAAUUAAAAGUGA